CUGAGAAGUCAAAAACAAUAUCCAGCUGUAUGCUGUAGCAUUAUCUCCCUCGCAUCUCCACUAACAUUACGCAGAUUUUUAUCUUUGCCCAAAUUUUGCUCCUUUUCUUCUCCAGCAGCUGUUCCUCUCUCCCUCGCUCUCUCUAGAUUACUCCAUUUCCACUUCUCGCUAAACCCCAAUUUCUCUUCCACUCGUCUUCCCCUGCACUAAUAAACUCCGAAUUUCCAAUUCGUAAAACCCAUUCGAUUUCCCCCAAUUACUACUUGCUCGUGCACUGUUUGCUGUUGUUGGUAUCAAAUUGAUCCCCAUUAGCAUGGGGUGAGCGGAAAGCGGCAUCGUAUCAUCGUCAGGAAUGAUGGAGUGGGAUAGUAACUCGGAGUCCGAUCUUAGCAGCGACGAGGAGUCGGAGGAGGAGGAAGAGGAGAUCGCCGAAGGGUUAGGUUUUCUGUUGAGGAAGAGCGGCGGCGGAGUUCCUUUCCCCGUGGAUACGCUUCUGCAACCGGCGCCGUGUGGGUUUGUUGUUACGGAUGCUUUGGAGCCGGAUAAUCCCAUUAUCUACGUUAAUUCGGUGUUCGAAAUGGUUACUGGGUACCGUGCGGAGGAAGUUCUUGGCCGAAACUGCCGCUUCUUGCAGUGCAGAGGUCCAUUUGCAAAUAGAAGACAUCCUCUUGUCAACCCCACGGUAGUUGCUGAAACAAGAAGAUGUCUUGAGGAAGGGAUUGAGUUUCAGGGGGAGUUGUUAAAUUUUAGAAAGGAUGGAUCUCCAAUGAUGAACAGGUUGCGAAUGACCCCAAUAUAUGGUGAUGAUGAAACAAUAACACAUAUUAUUGGUAUACAGGUGUUCACAGAAGUAACUCUUGACCUGGGUCCACUUCCAGGAUCCUCGGCUAAGGAAUUUGUAAAAAAACCUUAUAGGUUCAGAUUCAAUAUUUCUACUGAAGGAAUGUUGGAGGCGAACCGGAACAUUGGCCAUGGUUGUGGGAUAAUGCAGUUAAGUGAUGAAGUAAUCUCUCUGAAGAUCCUUUCACGACUGACUCCCAGGGAUAUUGCUUCUCUUGGCUCUGUUUGUCGGAGGUUUUAUGAGUUAACAAAGAAUGAAGAUUUAUGGAGAAUGGUCUGUCAAAAUGCAUGGGGUAGUGAAACUACUCGAGUACUGGAGACUGUACCUGGUGCAAAAAGAUUGGGGUGGGGUAGAUUGGCAAGAGAACUAACAACUCUUGAAGCAGCAGCAUGGAGGAAACUAACUGUUGGCGGUGCUGUCGAACCCUCGCGUUGCAACUUCAGUGCAUGUGCUGUUGGAAAUCGUGUGGUUCUUUUCGGUGGAGAAGGUGUUAACAUGCAACCCAUGAACGAUACAUUUGUGUUGGACCUCAACUCCACAAAUCCAGAGUGGCAACAUGUCAAAGUGAGCUCUCCUCCUCCCGGGCGCUGGGGUCACACACUUUCUUGUGUAAAUGGUUCCAAUCUUGUUCUUUUUGGCGGCUGUGGGAGGCAAGGCUUACUCAAUGAUGUCUUUGUGUUGGACUUAGAUGCCAAACAUCCUACUUGGCGCGAAAUCUCCAGCUUGGCUCCACCACUUCCUAGAUCUUGGCAUAGCUCCUGCACUCUAGAUGGGACGAAACUAAUAGUCUCUGGUGGCUGUGCAGAUUCUGGAGUGCUGUUAAGUGAUACCUUCUUGCUUGAUUUAUCAAUCGAGAAGCCUGUGUGGAGAGAGAUACCAGUAACAUGGACCCCACCUUCACGUUUGGGCCACACACUGUCUGUAUAUGGUGGAAGGAAAAUUCUCAUGUUUGGAGGUCUCGCUAAGAGUGGCCCUCUGCGAUUCCGAUCAAGUGAUGUAUUCACCAUGGAUCUCAGUGAGGAGGAGCCGUGUUGGAGGUGUGUAACUGGGAGUGGCAUGCCUGGUGCCGGAAACCCUGGGGGCAUAGCUCCUCCUCCCCGACUAGAUCAUGUGGCUGUAAGUCUUCCUGGUGGUAGAAUCCUUGUUUUUGGUGGCUCUGUGGCUGGUCUUCAUUCUGCAUCGCAGCUGUACAUACUCGAUCCAACAGAAGAGAAACCAACAUGGAGGAUUCUGAAUGUACCGGGACGGCCACCCCGAUUCGCAUGGGGUCACAGCACAUGUGUUGUUGGAGGGACUAGAGCUAUAGUUCUUGGUGGUCAAACUGGGGAGGAGUGGAUGCUCACUGAUCUUCAGGAGCUAUCGUUGGCGAGCUCUGUCUUCAACCUUGAGUGAACACAGUUUCUGAAGCUUUUGCACAGUUUCAACAAGUAUUUGUGGGAAUGCUGCAACAUUAGCUGCUAUGCCAAAACUGUGGUCUUUUUUGUAAUUCUCCUCGAGCAUUCGUGCUAAUGGUACCAUCUUGUAUUCGCAUUCGCACUCUCUCGAGGCCCCUAGUGCUCGGUAGAAUUGUAGGGCUUAAUAUAUGUAGUCUUAGCUUAUGUCAUGUAUGUGUUGUGCUUCGGGUUCUGUAAGUUGCGAGAAACACAACGAAAAGAUGAAGAGGGAAUAUCUUAUAUUGGGAUGUAUGUAUGUAUGUAUGUGUGUGUGUGUUUUGUUUGUUGAUACUAUGUCAAUAAUUCAUAGCGACUGGUUGUUGUA